UACGCUUUCAAAAGGAAGGAACUUCGGUACAUAAGCUGAUGUACUUGUAGCUGUGGCAGCAGCCUCACCGUCAAAGCCUCCAUAAUAAUUCUUCCUCUCUCUUUCUCUCUCUCUCUCUCUCUCUCUUUUUCUGCAUAACUCAUAGCUCACAUACACCAAAAAGAUUCUCACCUCAGAUCACAUUCUGAUUUCCCUACAAAAAGUUUUUCUCAUUUUUUUGGUGAAGUGAAAAUAACUUAUUGGGCAAUUGUUAUCAGUCCUAUUCACCAGUAUCAUUUGUGUAAUCACAAGCAAAUUUCCCAGCUGAUCAUAUGGGCAUGUUGGGCCUGAGAGACCUGUUUCUCAUAGCUCCAACCCCUUCCAUGCACCAACAAAACCAACCCAUUUCCUCUGAUCACCACCCAAACAUUCAUCUGCCUUCCUCAACCGCCCUUGGUGUUGGCCUCGGCAUUUUCCCGCUCCUCACUGCCACUCCAUGCAUAGUUCCCUCAAACAAAGGCGUCGAAAAAAAUGAUGGUUCUGAGAAAAUGGUAGAGAGUAGUGGGAGUGGUAUAUGGGCGUGUAGGGACUGUGGGAACCGGGCAAAGAAGGAUUGCAGUCAUAGGAGGUGCAGGACUUGUUGUAAGAGCCGUGGUUAUGAUUGUUCUACUCAUGUGAGAAGCACGUGGGUGCCGGCAUCUCGGCGGCGGGAACGGAAGAUGGUGGUGGUGGGUGGUGGUGAUGGCUCUUCUGGGUCUUCUGGUGUUAAAAGGUCAAGAAUUGUGGUUUCACCUCCUAAUGCGACUACUGCUUCUCAUGCUUCUACGUCUAAUGCUACCACUCCUAGAAGUGCUGACAUUAGUUCUGGCCACCAAGAUGCAAGUUUUAAGAAGUCCUUACCGGGCCAAGUUCGAGCACCGGCAGUUUUUAGGUGUCACAGAGUCACUGCCAUUGGUAAUGGUGAAGCCGAGUUUGUCUACCAGGCUACCGUGAGUAUCAGUGGCCGCGUAUUCAAAGGGUUUCUCUAUGAUCAAGGGGUUGAUGAGAAAAAUGCAUUCCCAUGUAUUUCACAACAGCAUCUUGAUAGUAGUAGCAGUGGAAGGAAUAGGGAGUCCUCUUCUUCUCCAGUUGUGGUUCCAUCAAGCUGAUAAUUUCUCACUGGUAAGGCCUAAGGCACCCAAUAAUAAUUUCCUCUUUUUGUAAAUGGGAGAUUAGAGAUAUAUGGAAUGAUUAACCUGUUUAAGAGUAAAAUGAUCAGACAAAGAUAUCUAAUUUUAGAAAGAAAAAAAAUUGUCGAUCUAAAGUUAUAAGUUCUCAUAGCUACUAAGGAGUUCCAGAUCAGUAUGCAAUGCAAACCUCCGGCAUUCGUGUGCUCUGCUUCCUAAGAAGUUCAAUUUCUUCUCCCAAACUUGUUGAUCAUGUGUAUUUGGUCUGUAAAAGGAUUUGUUGUCAACAAAGUGUAGUAGACAAGGAAACUUGAGCUUUAAAUACUAGCAACUUGGCAUCCAACUUAUUAUAAGAUUUCAUGGGUUUGUUUGUUUAUUUAUUUAUUUAUUCUUCCAAUGAUGUUGGACUUUAAAGCUAGCGUUAAUUAGUUUGAAGCGUCCUAAGAAGCAUGGAAGGGUCACUGGUUCUAUGUCAAUAUGGAUCAAUGGAGAAAAGGAA